CUUAUGAAGACAGUAAAAUUGCUGUCAAUUGAUGCCAUGUACAAAGGUACUCUGAAGAUACUCCUCUAUCUGAAGACCCAGUCUUGGAGACAAAAAUUUCUGGGAUGAAAUUGAACGAAGUUUGCGACGUCUCUCAAAUAAUCCAACAAGGGUGCAGGAACUCCGGCUUAUCAUUCUACAGAUUACAGAUUAGUUCAUUAUAAUAACAGCAACAAGUUAACCUCCCAUGUUUUAUCAUAAAUAUAUUUAGCUGAAGAUCACAAGAGGUAGUUUGAGUAUCCAUAAUAUGUGCCAUUUAACAUAUCCACACAGCGAGAGUGUUCACAACUAGAUACUGGAACACUCUGUCACAAUGCAACUGAUUAUCUCAACAUUAUGUCACAUGUCCACAUGUCACACACACCAAGUUAAUCAGCCUUACAAUAUGCACUGCGCAUUUAUCACGGCAUUAGGUUACACAUCAUUUGUUAAGAACACAUCAACCAAGAUUCGUCCCAAUCUCCUGGUUGCAUGACACUGGACGAACAUGGAGUCUGCACCGCCUCUUGAAGACAGGGAUAAAGACAAGUCUAAACUGGGAAAUCUACUCAAGGCUAACGUUGUGUUUCUUGUUUUUCAAGUGGCUGUCAAUAUCCGCAAUCCACUGGUAACACAAUAUCUAUACAAGAGGUACUCCGAUGAGGAGUUCAAUAACAGCACAGGGCAUGUCAACUCUCCUAACCAAACAUCCCAGUGUUACGUCAAUGAAUCGGAUCCAGGAUAUAUGCUACAGGAAAAGGUUCAAGAAAAUACUUCGAACUGUCAAACAAUACUGACAGUUAUUGGAAGCUCCGGAGCAGUGAUCAGCUGCAUGUUCCUAGGGGCAUAUUCUGAUUUUCUUGGUCGACGGGUCCUUUUCAUAGUACCUUUAGCUGGAGUGGUUGUGAAGUUUUGGUUGACGACAGUUGUUAUUUACUGGAAUCUAGAUGUGAGAUACCUGUACAUUGGUGAGGCACUUCAAGGUUUUUCAGGGGGAUACAAUGGUGUGAUUCUAGCUAGUUAUGCCUACACGGCUGACAACACACCACCUAAGAACUCACGGACAGUAUGGAUCGCUGUGAUAGAUUUCACCACCUACCUGGCUGCUGCAGCUUCUCAGGUCAUUACUGGAUACUUCAUCAAAAACCUAGGCUAUCUCUACCCCUCUGUGACUACUGCCUUACUCAUGCUUCUGUCUCUCGUCCUUGUCGUUGUUCUUCUCCCGGAAACUAUCAACUCAGAUAGAAGAUCCCAAUACCCAACUCCAGUGAAAGCAGUGAAAAAUGUCUUUGGAUUCUACUUUUCAAAAGAUUUUGGACCAAAGAGAAGCCUCUUCCUGCUCUCACUUGCAUCAUAUUUUAUAUUAUAUUUCAGUCAGAGUGGUGUGUAUUUUGUAGAAUAUCUUUUCCAACUAAACCUGCCUUUCUGUUGGGGCCCAGAGCUCAUCGGCUAUUUCAAUAUGGCAUUGUCCCUUACAAGACAAUUUCUAGGGAUUCCAGUCAUCAAACUCCUCCAUAUGUGCACCUCCGAUCCAGGAAUAUGUAUCAUAACAUCCAUCAUACAGGCGGGAGCCUAUGUCCUACACGGACUGGCCAACACUGACGUCUUGCUCUUCUCUUUUGUUUUGCCCAAUGCUAUUGCAGGCCCUUUGUUUCCGUCACUGCGGGCUAUCAUGUCAAGGAUGGCCCCUGCUGAAAUGCAGGGAUCACUGUUUGCAGGUAUUGUACUGGUGAACAUCAUCUCAGAAGGUAUAGGGAUACCAGUCUUCAACGAGAUGUAUAAUGCCAGUGUGAGGAUACUCCGUGGCUUCGCCUUUUUCGCCUGUGCGGGAUGCCAACUGUUGUCUGCAGUUAUCAUAGUAGUGUUCUUGUGUACAUCCCGACGCAGCGUUGACACUGAUACCUCCAGUGUUGUUGGCAUCAACGACAACGACAUAAAGCCAGGCCUCAUCAUCCCCCAGGACACGUCUAUCACCGACACGAAGAUGUAGUGUCCUUUGUUGAUGUGUCCGCCUGUGGAGGAUGAUACCCCGUUAGUUCGGGAAACGCGCCUUUCGGACCACAACUGUCGUUAACGUUUCAUAUAUUAAUUAAUACAGCUUUGUUUUGUUUAUAUAGAAACUUGUUAAUCAGUAUGAUUUAACGCGGAUUGAUGCUGUCGGGAAUAUUUGUAAUAACUAUGGUUGGGGUGAAGGGAAUGUGUGGUGGUGGAGUGAGGUUCGUGAUGUUGCAAUCAUGACUUUAUGUGUGCCCAUCUUUCGAACAUCUUGCGACAGGAAAAUGGAAUAAUAUGGCAAUAAGUGAUCGAAUUUGUAAAUUAUGUGAUAUCAUUGAUGUGGUUCUUGAAUAACAUUAUAUACUGAACAGCACUGAAAACGCACCACCAUGAAAAUGGGUGUAUUUUUAUCCGGGCUUAAGUCAUAUGAAUAUAUAUAAGUGAAUGAGUAAUAUACGACGUUCGGGACGAAGCAUGCAGAAGAAGAGCUCGUCAAAACACAUUCCUAAUUUUUUUGUGAGCGACAUCGACAUCGCCAUCGUGGGGCAGCAUCAGUCAUAACCAUCGAACAGAGCUCCAUGUUUCUCGUGGAAGAUUUAAUGCACUUUACUACAGGAAUAACAUAUUGGCAAAUCGCGUCAUCCCAUUCUUUCAUCAGCACCAGGAUAUGCACACCUUCCAGCAAGAUAAUGCAAGAGCGCACACAGCACGUGUUUCAACA